AUGCUGGGUCAAGAUUUAUCCUUUUCUAAAACCCUGAACCCUAGCUUCUCCUUCUUCUCUUUCUCCUUCCGUAAUUCUCAACCCAAGUCCGUCGCGCGAAGGACCGUCUCGGUUUUACCGGUUACAGAGAGGAAUUUCGCGUUCGGGGACAAAAGGUCCGACCUUUCGCUCGGAAAUGAUGGUGGAUUCCGGCGAGACGUUCGCGCUCUGGCAGGGCGGAGCAAGAAGAAACCCGGAGGUUCGUCAGGCGGGAGGAUAGAAGGGGAUGCGGAUAUGAGGAAGAAGGUGAAGCGUAACGCUCGUGAGAAAUCGAAAAAGCUAGCGGAAUCUCUGUUUUACAGAUUGUACAACAAUCCCGACAAGAGCCGGAGCAGCAUUCUCAGUAGCCAUCCGGAUAAGUUCACGGAAGAGGAGCUUGAGAUGAUUGGGCUCGGUUACGAUAGGAUGGUCCGGUUUAUGGAUAAGGACGACCCGAGAUUGCGUCAUCCUUAUGACUGGUUCAAGUACGGAGAGUUUGGACCGUACUCGUGGCGCGGUGUUGUGGUUGGUGACCCCGUUCGUGGUACAAUCUCUGAUGAGUGUGUUACGAUGAUUGGUGAAGUGGAGAAUCAUGAAGAGUUUGAGAAGAUUGAGCAGCAUGAGAUGAACAUUGCUUUUCAGAAGAGAGUCAAGGAGUUGGAUUCGAAUGUUGGUUUGAGGUACUUUUGGGUUUUCGUUAGGCAUCCGAAAUGGAGGCUUAGUGAGUUGCCUUGGGAGCAAUGGACUUUGGUGAGCGAAGUUGUGGUGGAAGCAGAUAAGAAGCAGAGGUUGGAUAAAUGGAAUCUGAUGGGGAGAUUGGGGAACAAGUCGAGAUCUUUGAUAUGUCAAUGUGCGGCUUGGUUUAGGCCUGAUAUUGUGUAUGUGAAGAAGCCGGUGUUUCAGUGUAGGUUUGAGCCUCAAGAAGACUUCUUUAGCUCGAUCAUUCCUUAUCUAAACCCGGUGACGGAGUCUGGAUUCGCGUUUGAAGUGGAGGAUGAUGAAGGUAGAGUGGAUUUGAGUACUUACUACGGAGGGCUGUGUAAGAUGCUGAAGGUGAGGCAGACGGCUUUUGUGGAUGAUGUGGUGAAUGCUUAUGAGAAGUCGAGCGAUGAGAAGAAGUCCAAAGUGUUGAAGUUCUUGCUUGGGAACCACCCGAUCGAGCUGUUGCAUCCGUAUACGAAAGAGUGGAAAGCAAAGCUGGAGGAGAUGGAGCUAGGGUGUGAUGCUCCGGAGGAGGAUGAGAGGAACAUUAGUAGUAACUCAGAGAAGGCUGAAUUCUCUGAGUGGGUUGAAGACGACGGUGGGGAGGUGGAAGAAGAAGAAGAAGAUGAAGAUGAGGAUGAGGAUAACAUGGUAGUGGAUGUGGAGGAAAACGAGGAGGAAGAGGGUUUGGAAGGAGAGAUAGAGGAGUCGGAUCCGGAAGAGGAUGAGAGGUAUUGGGAAGAUCAGUUCGAGAAAGCGUUGAGUAGCGCGGAUAAGAUGGAGAAGCUUGCGAAGAUGAGUAUGGUGGUGUCAGAUAAGUUUUAUGAGAAGCAGUUAAAGGCAAUGGAGCGAAGAGAAAAGGGAGAAACAACAGCACCAUUUGGAGGAGAUGAGUUGGAGAUGAGAGGUAAGAAGGCGAAAGUGAAGCCGGAAGAGUGGAAGACAGUUGGGUAUGGAAGGUGGAUGAAGAAGAUAAAGAAGAGUAGGAUCCCACCUGAGCUCUUCCUCCGUGCUGCUGUUAGGCCCUUUGUUUACAGAAACCUUGUUAAAGAGAUUGUUCUUACAAGACACGCCAUUUUGGAAGGCGAGAUUGGUCAGACAGAGUGA